GACGAGGAUGCGUGUGUGGCUGUCGCUAAGUUGGAUUUAGGGGUUUCGUUGACGUACAGUUGCUGAAUCAUGGGGAUUCAAGGGUUGCUGCAGUUCCUUAAAGAUGCUUCGGAGCCGGUCCAUGUGAAUAAGUAUAAGGGGCAGACUGUGGCUGUGGACACUUACUGUUGGCUUCAUAAAGGAGCUUUUGCUUGUGCUGAAAAAUUGGCAAAAGGAGAGCCAACAGACCAGUAUGUUGCUUAUUGCAUGAAAUUUGUUCAUAUGCUCCUGACUAAUGGAGUGAAGCCCAUCCUUGUGUUUGAUGGAUGCACUUUACCUUCAAAGAAAGAUGUUGAGAAGGCAAGACGAGAGAAGCGCCAAGCCAAUUUGCAGAAGGGGAAACAGCUGCUGAGAGAAGGCAAAUUGUCAGAAGCCAGAGAUUGUUUUUCACGGUCCAUUAACGUAACCUCUGCGAUGGCACAUGAUGUAAUUAAAGCUGCUCGGGCUGAAGGGGUAGAUUGUAUUGUUGCUCCAUACGAAGCAGAUUCCCAGCUGGCAUACUUGAAUAAAAAUGGUUUUGCACAGGCAAUUAUUACAGAAGAUUCUGACCUACUGGCUUUUGGUUGCAAAAAGGUUAUUUUGAAAAUGGAUAAACACGGAAAUGGGCUAGAAAUUGACCAAGCGCGGCUGGGAAUGUGUAAGCAGCUCGGUGGCGUGUUCACAGAGGAGAAAUUCCGUUACAUGUGCAUUCUCUCAGGCUGUGAUUAUCAUCCAUCUAUUCAUGGCAUCGGUUUGGGCAAAGCAUGUAAACUUCUCAAAGUUGCAAACAACCCAGAUAUUAUAAAGGUCAUACAGAAAAUGGGACAGUACUUGAAGACCAACAUAACCAUUCCUGACGAUUACAUUGAAGGAUUUAUUCGUGCUAACAAUACGUUCCUCUACCAGCUGGUGUUUGACCCUCUGAAAAGAAAGCUGGUUCCCCUAAAUCCAUACGUCGAUGAUGUUAGGCCUGAAGAACUGACUUACGCGGGACCAAACAUGGGUGAUCACAUUGCUUUUCAAAUUUCCCUGGGAAACAUUGACAUAAAUACCAUGGAAAAAAUUGAUGACUACAAUCCCGAUGACCGCCAGCGUUCUAAACAGCGAAGUCAAACUUGGAAUAGCAAAGGAUCUGCUCAAAUGUUACAUUCAAACAGCAUCUGGCAAAAAAACUACACGUCUCCAACAAUUCUGCCAGACGAGGGGAAGAAAACGGAGGAAAAAAGUGCACCUAGGGGGUUAAUCCUUCCGAGCAAUAAGAAAACUGUGAAAAGGCCUCAUGAUGGCGACGGGACUGAUGCUGACCUUCUCAGCCAGUAUUCUUUUUCAAAAAACAAAAAAGCAAAGCAAGAGCCGGAGGAUAACUUAACGCAACUUAAGGAUUCCAGCCCAACAAAAACUCUGCAGCCGUUGGAGGAUUGUUCUAAUAAUACAGAGCCAAGUCCGCGGCCUAAGAUCCGAAAUAAUAAAUUUGCUACCUUUUUCCAGAGAAGAAAUGAGGAAUGUGGAGCGGUAACUGCCACAGGAACUCGUAGUAGAUUUUUUUGCAAACCUGAAGACCUAUCGAGUUCAUCAUUGAUUGAGGAGGGGAAGCAACCUGCGGGGUGUGAGACUAUAAAUGGUAUUGAUAACCUACUAGAAAUAAACCACAAGGAGGACGCUAUAAAGGAAGAACAGUCUGUGUCUCCGGUGUCUGGGGAUCUUGGAUUAAAAACGGUACAGGUCUCGCCUCUUCCCACCCCAGGAGGAUGCUUCAGCUGGCCUGGCACUUUGUCCUCCGGAGGCUCAAGGACUGUCGCUCUCCCUUCAUCCUUGCUGUCACUUAGGAAGUUUCAGAGAGUCAAACCAGAUUUAGAAUCUGAUACUGUGAAUGUUAGGACUGGCUUACUCAAUGCAUUAACCGAAGAUGUCGACAAGCAGGACGGUACAGAAAUUACUUCAAGCCCUUCAGAAACCGACAAGGCCUCAAUCCCAGAAAAUGGAGAUUCAAGCUCUGAAGAGCUGGACAAUUCAUUGGAGUCUCCUUCCCAGAAAACCUCACCUGCGUUUCCCAGGAAGACGAUUGUAACCUCUAAGAGCAAGGUUCCUGGACUCGUUAAACCAAAGUCUUCAUUUUCUGGUCAGGGGAAAAAAAUCAAACCAACUGGACCUGCUAAAGUUAGUGGUUUGAGUCGAGGUCACGCAAAAGCUGCACGAAAUACUGAAAACAAGCCUGGACUACAAGCAACUAUUAAUGACCUGUGGAAGAACUUUAGCUUCAAGAAGUAAGCUCUUCCAGAGAAUGGUGUUGCUGAUAGACUAGUGUUAUCGUUCUUUCGGAGAGGAGACGAGAAUAUGAGGCUGCUGCUUCACUUUAUUGAAGUUUCAUAGUUCUCUAUUUAGCUGAGCGUGUUUGAAUGUGAUCUGUCAUGAACACAAUAUACCGGAAUGUAUUAAGGGGAGCUGAGAGGCUCAAAUUACCUCCUAUUAGCUUCGCGUUUAAAGGCUUUAUCAUGGAAGAUCCACCACUACGAUAAAGUCAAUGUGUAUUAAAGACACUGGUGGGUUAUGUGUUCAAAGAAUAACUCAAUUUCUCUGCAGUGUGAUACAUUUUUAACUUAACUGACCUUUUAGAUAUAAAGUGUAACCUUUUUAAUAGAUUUUUCAAAUACUUGAAAUAUAAGGUUAUUCAGAAUCUACUGUACUCCAAAAAUAGGAUGCAACACCAGCGUAUGAAUGUGCAAUAUGCUGUAUGCAAUGGGGUGUUGGUGUGUAAUCUGUUACCGUAUUGUAUGUAUGUAAGAUAAUAUGAACUAAUACAUUUUUUUACAUCAAUCUGU